GUCUCGGCGUUCCUGGAGAGGCUGCGGCUGCUGCCUUAGGACUUUGGAAGGCAGUGGAUCCCAGGGCCUCCAGGAACUGCUGCGCUGGGAGGCUCCCGCCCGGCGGGCUGGCAAGUCCAAGUACCUGGCUAGGUGUCCCAAGCAUCGUUGGAUCCCCAUCUCUGGUGCUCACAAACCCGGCACCCAUCUAGUAGAUGCUUCUUUGCUGCUAAUGGGUGUGAGCAAGUUAGAUAUUCUAUACCGACGACUUCUCCUCACAAAGCUUUUCAUCCGAGGAUGGGGAAGGCCAGAGGAUCUCAAGAGAUUAUUCGAAUUCAGAAAAAUGAUUGGAAAUCGAGAAAGAUGCCAGAAUCUUGUUUCAAGCGAUUAUCCAGUGUACAUUGAUAAGAUUGAAGAACAGUCAGACUGUAAGAUCUUAGAUGGACACUUUGUUUCCCCCAUGGCCCACUAUGUACCCGAUAUCAUGCCAGUUGAAUCUGUUAUUGCGAGAUUCCAAUUUAUUGUGCCUAAAGAAUGGAACAGCAAAUACAGACCUGUGUGCAUUCAUCUUGCUGGAACAGGAGAUCAUCAUUACUGGAGACGACGAACACUAAUGGCCAGGCCUAUGAUUAAAGAAGCACGAAUGGCUUCUUUGUUGUUAGAAAACCCUUAUUAUGGCUGCAGGAAACCCAAAGACCAAAUAAGAUCCAGCUUAAAAAACGUGUCUGAUCUUUUUGUGAUGGGAGGCGCUCUUGUUUUAGAAUCGGCAGCGCUCUUGCACUGGCUGGAGAGAGAAGGUUAUGGACCUCUAGGAAUGACCGGAAUAUCCAUGGGAGGACAUAUGGCCUCCUUAGCCGUAUCCAACUGGCCUAAGCCCAUGCCUUUAAUUCCAUGUCUGUCUUGGUCCACAGCAUCUGGGGUCUUCACUACGGGUGUGUUGAGUAAAUCCAUUAAUUGGAGAGAGCUGGAAAAGCAGUAUUAUACACAAACAGUUUAUGAAGAAGAAAUUAUUCACAUGCUUGAAUACUGUGGAACAGAUUCUUUCAAGAUGGGACAAGAGUUUGUGAAGCAUUUCUCUAGCACUGCUGACAAACUAACUAACCUUAAUCCAGUUUCUAGAACCUUAAGUGCAGAUGUGACAGAUCAAGUUGUGUCCCCACAACCUGCUGAGUGCCAUAAUCCUAGUAAAACAUCUAUCAGUGCCACAUCAAAAGGACUCUUGGUGCAAGACACCUCUAAGAUGGAGUGCUUCGGUCCAGCUCCCUCAACCAACAAAAGUAGUUACGCAAGUUGUAGCCCUCAGUCAUACCACCUACUCAGUAAAGAACAAAGAAGAAACAAUCUUCAGAAAGAAUCUUUAAUAUUUAUGAAAGGAGUCAUGGAUGAAUGUACUCACGUUGCAAAUUUCUCAGUUCCAGUUGACCCAAGCCUCAUUAUAGUGGUACAAGCCAAAGAAGACGCAUAUAUUCCACGAACAGGAGUUCGAAGUCUGCAAGAAAUUUGGCCUGGUUGUGAAAUCCGAUAUUUAAACGGGGGUCAUAUUAGUGCUUAUCUUUUUAAACAAGGACUCUUCAGACAAGCCAUUUAUGAUGCAUUUGAACGCUUCCUUCGUAAAUAUGCUAACUAAUUGGAUCACUGAAUGUAAUCAGCGUAGCCAUCAUGUUUCUUACAAAAGAACUUUGAUCCUGUGAUGAUGUGAAGAGCAAGAAACAUCAUUGAUACCUGUCAACUUAAUGUGCAGUCAACUGUAAAAUAUAAUUGAACAAUUUAGAAACAGUAUUUCAGUUAAAUAGCAUUGAAGUAUUUUUGUUAUUAUUUGUGGGAAUCCCAUAUACUCGAUGCCUAAUUUGUUGCUAUUUAUAAAAUCUGUAAUAUUUAUAAUUAUGAAUAAUUUAUUCAUUUAAAAUACAUUUGUUCAUAGAACCUUU